AUGGGGAGGGGCGUGAUACAAGGGGGGGGGGUGAACAAAAAAAAAUUGGGGGGGGGGGAAAUGGAGAAAAUGGGGUGUUUGGGGGGGGGGGGGGUGUUUUUGUUGGGGGGGGGGGGGGGGGGGGGGGGGGGGGUUUUUUGGUUUUUUUUUGUUUUUUGUGUGUGUUUGUGUUGGGUGGGGGGGGGGUGGGGGGGGGGGGGGGGGGGGGUGGGGGGGUGGGGGUGGGGUGGGGGGGGGUGGGGGGGGGUUGGGGGGGGGGUGGGUGUGGGGGGGGGGGGGGGGGGGUGGUUGGGGGGUGGGUGGGGUUGGGUUGUGGGGGGUUGUUUUUGGUGGUGUUAUGUUGUGGGGGGAUUGUGGUGGUAUGGGGGGGGGGGGGGGGGGGGAAGUGUGGGGGGGGGGGAUUUGAGUGUGAUGUAUUGUGAUGGUGGUGGUUUGUGGGAGAUGAGGGAAUUGGAGGUUGGGGAGGGGGAUGAUGAUGUGGGGUAA